AUGUCGUCCGUGUUUUGUGCCAAGUUCCGGGUCUCAGGACGUGUUCAGGGCGUCUUCUUCCGUAAGUUCACGAAAGAGGCAGCCGACCGGCUAGGGAUCAAGGGCUUUGUGAGAAACGAGUCUGAUGGCACCGUCACCGGCGAGGGACAGUCACACAGUUUGUCCUCUAUGAAUGAUUUCCGUCAUUUUCUCGAGAAGGUUGGAUCGCCGAAGUCCGAGAUUCUUUCGUGCGACUUCACGAUGACGGAGAAGAGUGGAGACUUAGAUUACAGUUCCUUUGAUAUAAUCAGGUGA